AUGUCACUCAAUGAUGCCCUUGGCCAGUUGGCCCUUUACGAAAGUAAAUCGGAUUUCCAAAAAGUUUGUGAGGUGGGCGCCCAACUUUUACGUCAACCGAAUGCCAAAUUCGAUAUUUCAGCGUUCCAACAAUGCGUGGUCACCUUGAUUCAGAAUGACCAAUACCAACUCGCUUUGAAAACAAUACAAUCGCUUAAGACCAACGAAUCUAAGAAAAGUGUGGUUCCUGAUGCCAACUACUUACUGUUUGAAACCUUGUACGUCCACUACAAGUUGAAUCACAACCAGGCAUUCGAGGAAACUUUCCAAACAAUUGAUUUAUCUACUAUUCAAUCUCCUGUGGUCAAGAGGGCUUUAUUGCACCUCAAGGCGCAACAGUUUUACAAGUUGGGAUAUUAUAACAAUGCUGUUGCGGUAUAUGAUGUUUUGAUCAAUAACGAUUUAAGUAAUUUGGAUGAUGCUGAUCUUACAGUGAACAGUAAGGCGAUUGCUUCUCAACAACAAUUGCUCGCGGUAGAAAUGUCCGAGCCAGACAAUCUUAUGGAUGAGGACCCAAGUGAGGCUGAUUCUUACGAUUUGUUAUUUAACGAGUCGUUGAUGCAGUUCAAUGAGCGUCAUUACACCAAGGCAUUGGAAUUUUUAAGUUCUGCCAAAGACAAAGCUGAGACCUAUAAUGCUAAUGAAUCAUUACUCGAUGUGUUUUUAGAAGUUGCCCCAAUGUAUUUACAAACCUCUUAUAUUCACGGGAUCUUGAAUGCCAAAGAAGAGGCUCUUAGAGUCUUGCAGGAGUUUCAUGCCAAAUUCGAAUCGGUGUUGUCUCAUCCUGAUGCUAAACUUUUCAGAUUGAUUUAUCUUAAUAAUUAUUAUUCUUUGGUGUCUAACAAAGGUGAUGAAAGUAUCAUCUUGAACAAUUUUGGCUUUACCGAAGCGAUCAGCGCCUUGAAUAAGGACAACAAGUUUUUGAAGUUCCAAUAUUAUUUAUUGAAGCGUAAUGAAGCUAUCUUCAAUUUCAAAAUUGGAAAGAAAGUUUCCAUCACCAAAGAGUUGAAUUAUGAUACUUCUUCUGCCAGCACAGAUUUCAAGAGAAUUUUGGAUACAAAAGUGAUUGACGAUAAUGAAAACUAUGAUUUGACAAUUUUGGGAUUGGCAUGCCUUCAAGAAUCCGGAAUUGCCAUUCUUGAUGAUUUGAACGUUGAUGAAGAACUGAAAUGGCAAAGAGUUCCUAAACAAUUUUACAAUUACUUGGUAUCUCAAGUUGCUAAAAUCAAUAGUGACUCCAUUUCCCUUACUAAAGCCAAGAAAUUGAUUGCAGGUACAUUAUUAUCGAUCCAGCUUCUUGUUAACCAUUCAACCGACGCUAACUUGAACUCUCAUUUGAAUAAUGGGAUCCAGCUUCUUGAGAAGCUUUUGGCAAUUCCAAAGACUCAACAGAUCUUGUUGGCUUCAUACUUUGGUAUCAUCACAUUAUUGGUGAGUUUGUAUCAAUUAACCUAUAACCAAACGUCUUAUCUUACAAAGUUCCAAAAAUUAUACGAUAUUGUUUAUGAAAACUAUUCGUCGUUUGAAAUCACCAAUAAAUUCCAAUAUAAUUUCCUUAAGAAACUCAAUUUUGAAUUCUUCAACAUAAACGUCAACAAUCCUGAUGAAGUUACCAGAUCCACCAACAACAAGAAAAUCAUUAGUGUGUUUGACACUUUGCUUGCCUUCCAACCGAAUGAUAAGCUUGUGGGGAUUCUUAAAGCCGAACUAACUAAUGAACAACAACAAGAGGACACCGAAUCUUUAUUGAUCCCUGUGGAAGAACUCACUUCGGAGCUUGAUUUCACCCAAAUCACCACCGAAGGAUUGAAUAAGGUACUUGCUGAAUAUGCUAGUGGCGCUGGUAGUGCUGCGGCAGCCCAAAUAUUCAAGAAGAAGGCUAAACGUGUUAGAAAGAUCCCUCAACAUCCAUCAAAGGCUGCUGCCGAAGGGAAACCAUUAGACCAGGAGAGAUGGUUACCAAUGAAGGACCGUACCUAUUAUAAGGUGAGCAAGAAGGAUAAGAAGAAGAUGAAGCAGGCCACCCAGGGGGCACAAGGGGGAUCUGCGGAUCAUACUACUGAAGAAAGUGGGAUUACUGGCGGUGGUGACAAUAGGGUUGGUACCAGCUCUGGUGGUAGUAAAAAGAACAAGAAGAAGAAGGGUGGGAAACGGAAAUGA